UUAGUUGUUCUCUACUUGCAGAAACAUUUUAUCAUUGUGAGAACAAUCUCUAAGGGUGUAGAAAGUGCAGCCUGAUGUUCAGUAUUCUUCUAUAACUCUAGAUACUCGGCGUUAAAUUUAGCUUCUACUUGCUCCUCAAUAACCUCUGUUAAGAUGCGAGACCAACGAGAAAGGUUUGAGCUCAGCGGGGACAGGUACGCUGAGAUACUGGCGCCCGACGUCCAUGCCCAAUAUAUUAAAGAUUUCCCAGGAACCGAAGGCAGCAGGCUGUUCCGCAUCAAUCCAUGUGGGACUAUCGUGUACGAAGGCUUGAAGUGCAUCGAUAAAGAAGUUUACGAUUUUAAGUUUCGAUCAGACGAUGUGUUGGUGAUGUCCUAUCCGAAGUGCGGAUCGACCUGGACCCAGGAGAUAAUCUGGACCAUGAUGUACAACCCCAACCUCGACCACCCGGACCCUAAUGAACCCUUACUCUCCAGAAGCCCCGUGAUAGAGUCUGACAUGUCCAUAAUCCUGGAGCUGAAAGAGAAGGGUGUGGAUCACUUCGUUGACGGCCCUAUGUUCAGCCACUUCAGGCGACGCUGCCCCAAACUAGACUCGAAUCGGGGGAUCCACCUUCAGAUGGCAGAUUCUUACGAAGACAGAAGAAUCCUCAAGACGCACCUGCCCUUCUCCUGCUACCGCAAGGGACUGAUCGAAAAGUGCAAGGUGAUCUUGUGCGUGCGUCACCCCAAGGACGUGGUACUGUCCUACCAGCACCAUUGCAAGCUGCUCGCUAACCACAAGUUCAAUGGUACUCAGGAUACCUUCAUCAAUUACUUCGUCAAGGGAUUGUUGAUAUGGGGGUCUCAAGCCAACCUGCUUAAGGAAGCUUUCGAAUACAAGGACCACCAUAACCUUCAUAUUAUGUUUUACGAAGAUAUGAAGAAAGAUAUUGAUGGGGAGCUGCACAAACUCAACAAGUUUCUAGAAUUGAACCUUGACAGCCAGCAGCUGAAAAAUGUGCAGAAACAGACAGCGUUCAAGAAAAUGCAGGAGGCUGACCCAUACAAAAUGAUGUCCUGCAAAAUCGCAGACCAAGAGGUUGCCGAGAGAGAUGGUCCUUUCAUACGGCAAGGAGAAGCGGGCGCGUGGAAAGGAAAACUCACUCCGGAGCAAGAAAAAAUUUUGGACGAUUACAUAGUGAAGAACUUCACUCAUCCCGACCUUGUAGCAAGAUAUUUUCCGAAAAUGGAAGUUUCGCCCGUAAAGAAAGAAGCUUCUCCCAAAAAGCAGGAAGCUUCUCCCAAAAAGCAGGAAGCUUCUCCCAAAAAGCAGGAAGCUUCUCCCACAAAGCAGGAAGCUUCUCCCACAAAGCAGGAAGCUUCUCCCACAAAGAAGGAACCUUCGCCCAAAAAGAAGGAUGGUUAACUAAAAAAACCAGGAUUUACCUCGGAUUUAUUAUGUUGCAGAAAGAUAUAUUUUAUAUAGUGUCGUCUACCUCAAUAAAAUUUAUCCUUGUAUUUUAUCAGAGUUAUGGUUUAUUACGUAUACAUAUAAAAUAAUAAAAUUUGCGAUAUGUGAAACCC